AUGGCCACAAGGACUGCGCGGUUUGAGGAUUGGAAGUCGUCGCCGCAGACAAGGAUCCAGACGAGGAGUAUCCGAGAGCCACGGGAUGAACAUGCACUGUUUGCGAAGACUCCUCCAAGGACACGGCCUGCUCCGAUCAACAUCGCGCCCGGAGAACCGUCGCCGCUUCUGAAGGCUGUGCCAUUCACGGGGAGGACGAGUGAAGACCGAUGCGAGACUCCUCCCAUCCCAGAGAUCGUCGACGUUGCUGUGCCCAACAUAUGGCCUCGUCGGGGCCCGCUUCAGCAGGAAUGCUUCAAGAAGAGGGUGCCGACCCCGAGAUUGACAUCGGGAUGCAGUACUCGCCAGUCCGCGAUGUCCUAUGGGAUUCUUGAUUACUACAUGCACGAGCCUUCGCCACUGCACAGUCCGACCUUCCCACCACCACCUAGGAUUGAGACACCCGUGCUCGGGCCAGCGAUCAACGAGUUCGACUUCGGCCUCGUAGCCUCAGCCAAGCCAGCUUCUCCUUGCCUACCAGCAACACAACCCAAGCAAGCUCCAGUGCCAUCCCAAGACACCCGCCCCGGCGCCGACCGUCCUACUCCACAUCAAAGUCGAAGUACUACCACCACCGCAACAACGCCUCCAUCGCAACCCCAACCCCCCUCCGACCCCAAAGCAACCUACAAACUCUUCCCGUCCGGCCGCGAACUCCAACCGACCUCGCCUUCCACCCCAACCCAAAUCCACCCCGCCUACCGGCCCCGCAAAGAGUCCAUCUCGACCUCUUCCAUCCGCAGCCGCAAAGACAGCUGCACCUCCACCCAGCGCAUCCAGCUACGCACCCUCUCCGGCUCGACGAACCCACACUCCAACGGCUCGAAUUCCUCGACCCCAACAUCCCAGAGUAGAUGGUCAGAGGACACGAUCACGAGCCCUCUCAUCGCUUCAACAACGCCAGGGCCAAGGACGAGUUUCGGCGGUCUGUUGGGGCCGCAGUAUCCCGCCUGUUUCUUCGAGGAGGAGGAGGAGGACGAUGAAGCGGCACCGCUGCGGAGGAAGUUUGGGCUGGGGCCGAAGAGGGUCAAAGCAACCGAGAUCAGGGGCGGGAAGGGGAGGUUUGAGGAGAGGAGAGGCGGCUGGGGGUGGGUGAGGCGGGUGGUGCUGUGUGGGUGUGGUGGAUGA